AACCCUACCUUCGGGCGCCGCAGCCGAUCAGCAAUCAAUCUCUCCAUUCUUCUGGAUUUCCACUGUAUCUUGAAGGUGGUCGCCGCAUAUUUGUUGGCCUUGUUGGGAGGAAACACCUGUCCCUCUGCCAAGGAUAUUAAGGCGAUCCUUGCUUCCGUUGGAGCUGAUGCUGAUGAUGAAAAAAUCGAUUUGCUUUUAUCUCAAGUGGAUGGUAAGGAUAUCACAAAGCUGAUUGCAGCUAGUAGGGAGAAGUUGGCUUCAGUACCCGCUGGUGGUGGUGCUGCCGCUGCACCUGCUGCUGAGGAUAAGAAAGAGGAGAAAGUAGAAGAGAAAGAGGAGUCCGAUGACAAUAUAGGCUUCAGUCUUUUCGACUAAUGAGCAUCAAAGUGU